UUGGGCCCCUGUCGGUUGUGUGUGGCACUUGCUCUCUCACUGCUGGCCGGUCCGCUGCUGCUGGAAAGCAAAGCAACCACCUGCACCCAGGUUUCCCGCAACUACACACCUCGCUAUCCACCCAAGGUAGGGCCGCAUCUUUCUCUCAAUGGAAGCGAGCCGACUGCGAUUCUAAAUCCAACUUUGACCAGUCUCCCUCUCUACUACACUUUUUCUCGACACACCCUCCCCUGACCUCGAGACUCGCCUUGCACUUCCAGCUCGACGCUGGCACAAGUCCCCACCAUACUACAGCAUACAUCAUCAGUCCCAUCCUCCUUUUCCAGGGCUCACCGGCUCUUUCCAACCUGCCUCUCCCGCUGCCACAGCAAAAACCAAGUCGACGCCCGUCACGCGUUCGCCCGGUCGGUCACGCCCCCAGUAUCACCACGGUCUGAUUUCCCUUGUAUUAUUUGUUCUUUUUUGUGGUUUCUCUGCUCCGACCGACACCCAGCAGACACCGCAUGUCUCGCGUUCUUUAGCCAACCUCGCGCGUUAUUCCUUCCAUGCCAACCGUGCACUCUUUCGCCGUCGCUCGUGGUUAACACACCCCGUUCGAGAACCUACCUACCCUCUCGACACGAUCCGUCUACGACUCGUUCUUAGUUUGCGAUCAGUUAACGGUCGACUUACUUUCCCUGCCCGCUUGGCUUUCACGGAUCCUGCGAAUCUGCUCCCCUUCACCGAGCACUCAUUUGCGUCAUCCUACCUGCUGCCGCUCACCGAUUCUUCCACAGCGACCUCGGUUGCGCGAGGCUGGUUGACGAGCCAAAGAAAGUUGUGACGAGCAGGAAGCCGGAGCAAACCGCAGCCGUCCAUAUCCAAGUUUGCGUUUUGUUAUUGGGAAAUUGCCGACACGGGUCUGUCGCCACAGAAAUCGCUCUUCGAUCGGUCAUAAUACCCACAUCCCGGGUGUAGCGGAUUUUCUGCCAUUUUCACUCUUUGUGCCUCUGGGAUUCGGACCGCGACCACUGAACCUGCUGGUACCGAUAACCAACGGCAGUUUGGCAGCUCAAGAGAUAGCUCUCCGUGGCAUUAGCUUGCAGGGAAGACUUGGAGUCUUUUUACCAGACAGGAAAAACAAGCCAAACAGGGCCGACAGCUGUCAUCACCAAGCGUGCUGCUACACCCUCAAUCGAUCUCCUCAACCUCAAAUCAGGUUACGACUUUCAACUGCUUUUAGUCUGUCACCCUUAGCAUCGCUACCGGUAGCGCACAUAGCAGCAGUCCAAGGCAAUCGGCUUCUGGGUUCUCCAAGCGAAGUACCUCCUCGACCGAUCCUUUUCGGCUUCGUAGCACCUGAACUGUUUCGCUUGUCGUUCUGCAGAGUUCAAGCUUAAUGGACGGCCAGCCCACCGCGGCUGAAACUAAACAUCUUUACCAGACCCAUCCGUGGCCGGGUGUUGGGCCAAACCUGACAACCCCCCGGUUAAACACGGCCGCGACGCCCGAAUACUCACCGUACUACGCCGACAUUCUGCCCAUCCUGUCUCAACAACAGGCCUAUCAGGGCAAGCUGCUCCAGUAUAACAGACUUCUCUCUAGUGGUCGGGGUGGUGGUGGUGGUGGUGGGUUGCAAGCUCCCCCGCUUCCUACUGUGCUCUCGUCUCCAUCGACCAAGACAACUACAAGGUCGAGAUCAUCUUCCAAGGUGUCGAACAAGGACAACACCCACAUCAAAACUGGUGCCCAGACCGGUCAUGGGAGCAGACCAGCAAAGCCUUCAGACAACGCCGACCGCGCGCUUAUAACAUCAGGGAAGGAUCAGACAUCCAAAAUGCCAGUCAAGAAGCCUUCAGAACAGCCUACCAGCAACGGUGUACCGGUGCGUCCACCACCGCCUGCGAGCCAGAAUGGCACUGCGCACCCAGCUCAGUCGAGUUCGGUACCUUCAACGCCACAUCAGCACGCCCGCAAGUUUUCGUUCGAGUCCCGUGAACCAUCACCAAAUGCCACACAAAACCAUUCCCCACGGUCCGCUUACUCAGAGACCAACGGAAAUGUCCCGUCAUUACGGCCGCUCCCCCCUAGGUUAGGUGGGUGCCGUUUUGAGACUGCCAUUCCCCACUCACGGCGGCGCAUGCCGUACAACCUGGGGACCGAUAGGUUAGAAAAGGGCGACCUCGAAAGGAUACCAAGUCGGUUAUCUGAGGAAAACGAGAAGAGUCUGGAGACAGAAAUGAACGAUCUGUUCAGGGUGUUAUUACCAACACAAGAGGUGGAAACAAAGCGGCAAAAGCUGGUCAACAAGCUGGAGAAGCUGUUCAACAACGAGUGGCCUGGCCAUGAUAUCAAGGUGCACCUGUUUGGCUCGUCAGGCAACCUGCUGUGCUCUGAUGAUUCUGAUGUUGAUAUCUGCAUUACAACACCAUGGAAAGGACUGGAGCAUGUUUGCCUAAUAGCGGACCUCCUCGACAGACAUGGAAUGCAAGACGUGGUCUGCAUCUCUGCGGCCAAGGUGCCAAUCGUCAAGAUCUGGGAUCCCGAGCUCAAAUUGGCUUGCGACAUGAACGUCAACAAUACUCUAGCUCUGGAGAAUACACGUAUGGUGCGGACGUAUGUGAGUAUCGACGAAAGAGUGCGACCUUUGGCUAUGAUCAUCAAGCACUGGACCCGGAGGCGAAUCAUCAAUGACGCGGCAUUUGGCGGAACUUUGAGCUCGUAUACCUGGAUAUGCAUGAUCAUCGCGUUUCUCCAACUCCGAGACCCACCGGUAUUGCCAGCGCUCCAUCAACGACAGAAGGAGAAGCUUCUCAAGAGCGACGGCACUCGAAGCGAGUUCGCCGACGAUGUUCCAAAGCUGACGGGAUUCGGUGCCAAGAACAAGGAGAGCUUGGCAGCCCUUCUGUUCCAAUUCUUCCGGUUCUACGCAUACGAGUUUGAUUAUGACAAGUUUGCAUUGUCAAUACGAGUCGGCAAGCUGUUGACCAAGACGGAAAAGAAAUGGCACAUCGGCACCAACAACACUCUGUGCAUCGAGGAGCCGUUCAACAUAAUACGAAACCUGGGUAACACGGCCGAUGACACCUCGUUCCGUGGUCUUCAUCUCGAACUGAGGAGGGCUUUUGAUCUCCUUGCCGAGGGCAAGUUUGCUGAGUGUUGGGAGCAGUACGUAUACCCCAAGGAGGAAGAAAGAAGAUGGGAAAAGCCGUCGGCGCCUCCACGGCCCGUGCUUCUUAGGAGUGCCUCACAGCAGCAAUCCAGGCCGCAGCAGCGCAACAAUUUCAACAAUCGAAGCCAGAGGAACAACUAUCAACGCAACGGUAACCAGGGUAACCGCCGCGGUUCCAACCACCAGGGCUACGAGCAGAGCAUGCCUUUUGCGCAGGCUGGCAUGCCUACGACGAUGAACCCGCAGGAAUUGGUUUGGUAUCAGGCUCAAAACCCGCAGAUUGGUGUUCCUCAGGAGCUCCUGCAAACCUCGCUAAAUGCGCUUGCACAACACGAUCAAAACCUGAGAUUCCAGUUGUACACCCAUGCCCAGCAGAUCAACCAGCAACAGGCUCUUGCACACGCCCAGCGAAUGCAGGGUGGCUCAGGCUCAGACAGAUCCCGGACAAAUUCUUUUGACAACCCGCCAUUGACAGCUCCAAUCCGCCCAGAUCUGAUGUACGGGUACGGCUUUCCGAUGCAGCCCCCGGCCUAUUUCCACCCGGGCUUCACCACAUACCCUUCGUCCCCUGCUUCGCAGACAUCGGCGGCCACCACCUCCAAUGGAAUGCCAGAAUUCAGGAGAAACCUUCGUGAGACGGGUGUCUCCUCUGGCGGUGCCCUUAGGUCGCAGUCCCAGCCAGCUUCGAGAGGCUCGAUCACGGUUCAGCAGGCCAUGUCGGCAGCGGCUGCGUACACCGCAAGCCAAGCACAAAACGGCAUGUCCUCUAUACCCCCACGACAGGUCAAUGGUGUCCCGGUGUCCAAUUACACCCCAGAUGAGCUAUCCGAAACCGACUACGAAGAGCCCAAGGUUGUGGCCGAUGCUCCAGAAGACGACGGCGCCCGUUAUGCGGGGCAUUAUCCCAACGGUCAUGCUAGUCCCAAUCGCAAGGUUAAUGGGUUUCCAAGUGGGACACCAGUGUUUAACACACUCAACCAGAGCAGCCAGGGUCGUCGUCGAUUGUCCACGGACCAAGGACCCCAGGCUGUACUGGAUCGGAGGAUGAAGCGUACAUCGCGAUCACCAUCGCCUCUCGGGCAUGCCCGGACUAUCUCUGCUGGUAUGUCGGCGCCACUCCCAUCGGCACCAUUUGCGCAGACCAACGGACAGCUGUCUGCAAAACCACUUGUGGUGAAUGGUUCAGUGCCCAAGCUGGCUCAAGCAUCAACUUCCAACCGUUCGCCGCUUGGCGUUGAGACUACGACAACAGAGGACAUCCACCAUAGCAACCCGCUCUAUAUCCAACAAGGCACCAGUGCCAACAAUUCGUGGAACGACCAGUCGGUUUCUUAUUCCACCACUUCUUCGGAGCCCGUGUCACUCACCGUGCCUGAUCGGCCUGUCAUUGUCAACGGCUCAACAGCAAACAGGUCCCCCUCAUCGACCAUGAACCACCACGAUGCGUCGUUUCAACAGCGGGUGACCAUGGCCGCUGUUCCUACUCACCUCUACUACCCGCAUAUGGGCUACGACCCCAACAACAUUCUGGGCUUGGCACGCUUGAACAACCGCCAACUUGCGCCACUGGAUCUAGCUACUAACGAGUACUCGGUUGCUCAAGACAUGCCUCACCUCUCGCCAGUUUACGAGCAUCGGACACCGUCCCCAACCGUCCUGCGGAGUUUUGGUCCACCAGUUGUCGCUCAGUCGCCUAGAGGACAUCGGGACGUUCGUUCGGGGACGCAAAAGACGCCGCCGACAGGACCCUCCGCCAAGCAGCACGACAGUUCAAACCGAUCGCCUAUUUUGGAGCACCGUGCCCAUGGAAGCUCAAGAGAAUCUGGCAAUCCACGUUCUGCCAAAAGCCCGUCUGAUAGCUUCAACAGCUGGCAGAAAUCCAAGCCGCGCAAGAAGGGUUUGUCGGACCUGAAGAAUGGGACCAACGGCGUUGCGCAAAGCGAGCAACUGCCUAAAAAUGAGGCCGACCGCAAGGGUGGCUGAGCAGCAGUAGACCACGGCGAUGGCAAUGGAGAUAUCUGCUCGAGAAUGCGGGUGCAUUCACUCCGUUGAUUGCUUGCUACAUACCCUGGAUUGCGUAUCAAGACAAGACAGGGCUUUCUUGGAUACUCACAGUCCAGGUCCAAGCGACCAAAGAUGAAGCUUUAUAUUGGACAGCUUGUUCAGGAUCUCUUCAACGGAGGUGUAUGCAGCAUAAUACUUAUUUAGUCGCAUGUUAGCCCACCUGGAGUUUGAACCUGUAUCAUAUGAUUAGACCACCUAUGUGAGAGAGAUGGGGCGAGCAGAGCCUGGAAGCGAGCGGGCACUUGAUUUCACGACUUCGGGCGAGAGCGAGACGGUCGUUCGGAGACCUCGACGUGAAACGUACGUCACCGAUAUCGCCGAAGCAAGAUAUGGAUGCUGUCAGCAGGCCACCGUCGGUUGCCGUCUCUUUUGCUACCUAGCAGCGCUUUCUUUAUGCAUAUUCCUCGCACAUGUUUUGCACAUCAUGGGCUAUAGACGGGGAUAUCGGGUUCUUCAAGGGGCCCCAUUGGGAAAACAAAGCGUGUUCAUGCCCAGUCAGGCAGCAAAACAAAAGCGAAUAGCAUGGCAAGGGCCUAGCGGUUGGGUUUUGCGAUCUGGGCCCCUGGGGGUGUUGAAUUUUCCCCUCGACUUGAUUACAGCAGUCUUGUUUCGCAGUCUGGAAGAGGAUUGGGGGAACAAGCAGCAUUCACGAGGGACAGGCAUGGGACUCUUCAAGGCCUGCUGGCAUAGGGUGGGGGGUAUCUGAAUAUGAAAAAGGAAACGAAAUUUAUACAAGGGCCCGACAUGAUGAGGAUGGACAGGGGAGGAGGGGUGGGACUCAUUGGAGAAGUUGGGAAAAGAAAGGAACGAGGAAAGAAGGUCAUUUUUUUUUUGUUUUUUUUUUGUGGCAUGGGCAAAUGUGUCUUUUGUAUUGAUGGAUGAAUGGCAGUUUGGCUGUGGUUGUGGUUGCAGACUCGCUCAUCACGGGGCGAAAUAGGUGUGAUUUUUUUCUCCCGCCCUAUUUCAUUUUAUUCUCUUCCCCCCCUCCCCACCCUGUGCUGUCUUGAAUGGAUGUUGUCAAGAAGAAGAUGAAGGCUUGCAUUUUCCUGUUUUUGCUUUUUAUUCACACGAGGACAAAGUGGGCAUUUACAUACAUACGGGGCGUUGUUUUUCUUUUUCUGUCUGUUUGCGUGUUGUUAUUGUCUGUCUCAUGAAGCUUAUAGUAUACCACCACAAAGGAAUCAAUGGAAUGUAGCGAGCAAAAUGGUUUUUUCUCUUUCUUUUUGUAUGGCUUUUUAGCGGUUUCAUGGCUGCGGGUUCUUACGUGAUUAUGUUUGUUUGGCCUGUUGUUGUGAAUGGAUGAAUUGGUGACGAGUUAGGGGGUAAUGGGCCUGGCUGAUCGGGGUGUGAGUUGGGAGGUUUUUGUGGUGAUUAUAUAUCUUGGAGUAGUACAAUGAAGAGAACGACACGACGGAGAGGGGCCAUUCAACGUUGAAACACGAGAUACAUAGGCCCUUCAUAACACAGACACGGCAUCAUCACCACAUUGGGGUACAUUGGACUUCUUAUGGAAUUUGGUUUACAUCUUUUGUGUGUGGGG